AAUCUGUGUUGUACGUGGCAAAUGUGUUAGUGAAACAGUCCGGUGUGUGUGUUUGUGUGUAUGUGAUUCUAAAUGUUUGGAAGCGGUGAAGGGUAAGGCUGGGAUGAAGAGGAGGAGGAGGAGGACGACGACAACGAAGAAGAGGGCAAAGUCAUACGUAACGGAGGUUAAUGGAGUAAACGAACAGCCGAUGGCUCACAGGCUGCUAGUACGUAGAAUUUGGACGCUGUCAGUGAAGGAGAUCCGCUGCCACCCAGCAUCCACAGCCACCACCGCUUCCUCCUCUUUUUCCACCUCCCUGCAGUCCGCCACAACCCGAGUCUCCUUCCUCUCUCCCUCACGCACUCUUCCUCGCUCCCUUCCUCACACCUCCUGCCGGGCAGUCUCCUUCAACGUUCAGGACCAUGAGGACUUCACAGAGAGGGUCAUCAACAGCGAACUACCCGUGCUAGUUGACUUCCAUGCACAGUGGUGUGGUCCUUGCAAGAUCCUUGGGCCGAGGUUGGAGAAGGCUGUUGCGAAACAGAAAGGCCGUGUUGCCAUGGCAAAAGUUGACAUAGACGACCACACAGACUUGGCUAUUGAAUAUGGGGUGUCUGCCGUUCCGACAGUAAUCGCCAUGCGGGGAGGUGACGUCGUCGACCAUUUUGUGGGGAUCAAAGAUGAUGAUGAGCUGGACUCGUUUGUCAGCAAAGUCAUUGGACAAUAGACCAACUGUUCCCGCCCUGCCAUUCACCACCGUUCUGGUGCCGUUUUGUAUGAUUCUGGCAUGGUCGGCAGCCCUUAGCCGCCAUCUUGAG